AUGACGGCUGCUGAUCAUCCUUGGUCUCUUUUCGGAGAGUCUUCAAUGCCUCCCGGGAGCCUGACCUGGGUACCAGACCACUCCGACAUGCAGUCAUGGUCGACUCCGAAGACGCUGUUUGAUGAAUCCCUCUACAACGCUGCCGUUCUUCACUUGCCUCCAUCGUCUUCUGAAGAUAGCCUUGAUGAUCAGGUUGCCUCCGAGGCACACAGUCUGGGCAUAUCACCGCUGCAAGUUACCUCCGAAAUCGACAGACUCGCUUCUUCAGUUUCGACAAUCACCAUCGCUUCCGACUCCGUGAAUCAGAGCUCCGUCCAAUCCCAGUCUACCACAGCGACUUCCUGUGCCUCCAGUGAGCAUCGGCCGAUGACGCAGUCUUCACGGAUAUCUGAACGCACUCCUCCGAGUUCAGGCGGUCUCUCACCUGUCUCGACGAGCGAGAGGAAAAAAUACUCUCCAUUGAAACGGGGAUUUCAAAAAAUGGCCAGUUUUCGAAAGAGACGGUCAGGCGGCUUGACGGCCUCUUCGACUCUUACAAGCAUCAACAGUGAUGCCGACACCAACGACAGUGAUGAGCUGUCUGCGGGCAUGCGAAGUCCUUUGUCGGUCAAAUCGUGCAAAAGCUCGUGGUCACAUCCAUUAUCCGUGGCAAAGUCAAGCGGCGAAUCACCACCGUUCGUGGAUGCAGAGGCGUUGCAGAGGAGCAUGGGGUGUAAAGACCUACUCAACUUUCGAAUGGCUCAGCUGGACGAAAAGGCCCGUUUUCUAGAGUUCCAGGCUUCAUUGAUGGCGCACUUACGCUCAGAACGAGAUUUGCUCAAGGCACAAAAGAAGACAUUGCAUGGAACCGCGAUUGCUGAGCAGAGAGCAAAGAUUGACCGAACUGUGGAAGAUCUAGAAGCGCGUCAACUUGAGGAAGAGAUGAAGAUGGAAAACGAACACGAGCUGGAGAAGAGAGCUAUUAUGUUGCGCUUACGGCAUAUGGAAGCUUAUUGUCAGAAUCCAACUCCACCCUCGUCUCCAGUGGAUCCAGCCUCCAGACAUACUUCUAUCGAUUCUACCUUUCCAGAGCGCAAGGUAACCGACAAAGACUAUCACAAUCUCGCCCAGCAGUAUCGUGAACGAGACAUCAUGGACUCUCUGCACGCCUCCAAAAUCAAUGUUCUGCGGGGUAAGCAAAAGAGAGCUGUCGAGAACCUCGUACGUAAGAAGGAAAAGGAGAUGGAAGUUCUGGAAAGAGAACAAAAGAAGGAACUGGCCGUCAUUGAUCGAGAAUUUUCCAACCAGGAGUCUGAUUUGAGAAUGGUGCUGGAAAAGAAGAGAGCGAGGCUCGAAUCCAGGUGGAGGACUCAGGCCUUGAUUGAGCGAACAAAAAUGGAAAAAGCGACUGGCUUGACAUAUGCCCCGCUACCCGACGUUGUCGCCAUCAAGGAUAUCAACGACUCCUGA